CCAGGGGCAGGCCUCCAGUGGACCACCUGUUGGUGAGCGCAGCCUGCUUGAUUCCGCGGAGAUCGCGCAAGAUCCUUUGUUCUUAGAGCAGCAGAGAACAUUUGGAGGUGUCGACAUCCGACUUGGCGACAACAGUAAUUAAGGCUUACCCUUAUCCAUCUUCUGGCUCGGACUCAGGCAUCCCUCCGAAGAGGCUUUUCAAGGCAAGAAAGCAUCCAGGAUGCAUAUCGAGAUGGAUCAGGGUGAGCUCUAAAGUAAUCCCAACUUCCGCGAGACCGAGAGACAUAAGCAACAACACGAACAGUCUGCUCGCUUGCCUGAUGGAGUCACGGAGAUUCGCUUGGACUCUGGCGUGUUGCGGCGCUGCCUGC